AUGCCGUCGUCCAGCGAAAACGCCGUUGUCGAAAAGUAUGACAAGUGUCUCGCUGAUUUGAUUGUGAAAAGUGGAAUUGGGUUCAGUGCUGGAGUCAUUGCAAGUGUAAUCCUUUUCAAACGCCGUGGAUGGCCCGUUGCACUUUCAACUGGCGUUGGGAUUGGCAUGAGCUAUGCGGACUGUGAGCGGUCAUUUGGAAUGCCUAGAAUUCCAGGAACACGAGUUCUUCCGCCUCGACCUGCUGCUUUCCAGUCGCUGAACACGAGCACGCCGCUCUCGCCCGCUCCAGCGUCAGAGGCCAAACCAGCAGCCGAGACUUCCAAAUAG